CGUGGGUCUCGAUAGUAACAGUAACGGUCUUCUUCAGUUCAGUUCAACCGGCAACAUGUUCAACAGACUCCAGUUUGACGAAGACCCUUUCUUUUCCGACCCGUUCCAGGUGCAUCAUGAGCGCAUGCGGCAGAUGAUGAGGGGUUUCUCUGACCCCUUCGGCCAGGGCUUCAUGCCCAGCAUCACAGACAGGGGCGCGGGCCAACCUAACACCAGCCCAAACACUCGCACUGACCGCGAGCUGGAUUUCUUUGGCAAUCCUUUCUCUAUGAUAGACAGCAUGAGGAACAGGAUGGAGGCGAUGCACAGAAACUUUGAAAACAUGGCGUCAGACUCCAACAGCCACUCGUUUUCCUCCUCCUCUGUCAUGACAUACUCUAAAAUGGGAAACGAGGCCCCAAAAGUGUUCCAGGCCUCGUCUCAGACCCGCUGUGCUCCCGGAGGAUUAAAGGAGACCAGGAAGAGUCUGAAGGACUCGGAGAGUGGACAAGAAAAGAUGUCCAUUGGCCAUCACAUUCAGGACAGAGGCCACGUCAUCGAGAGGAAAGAGAACAGGAAAACCGGGGAGAAAGAACUCAACCAGGACUUCCAGAACAUGGAUGAAACGGAGGCCCAGUCCUUUGAUGAUGAAUGGCAGCGUGAGGUGUCCAGAUUCCAUGUUUCUGCGCCCAUGUCACGCCUGGAAGCCCCGAGACAUCGAGCCGUGCACCGAGCAGCCAUCACAGGACCACAGGAGACACGCAGAAAUGCCAAAGCAGCUGCAGAAAAUCAAAGCCAUUACCAUGAGCUCAACGUUAAAGGCUCCAGCGUGAAGAAGCACUAAAGCUCAUUCAGAAUAAAGCACUUCU